GUAACACUUACAAACAGACCCCACAACCAAACGAUGGGCCACAUGCGUUGAAUCUGAGUUUAGUCAGACCGAUCCUUUUGUAUACAAAUCUUGUUAUCAUGUGACGAUAUCUGCAUUCUCCACGCGGGAGUCUUUCGUGAGGUGGACUGUUUUCUUGAAUAAAAGAAAGUUCUUUCUUCCUCUCAGGUUAAGAUGUUGACCUCCAAGCUGCUCACUCUGGUCCUGGUGAUCCAGCCAGGUAGAGUGUUGCUGGGCAUGAAGAAGAGAGGCUUUGGUGCUGGCAAGUGGAACGGAUUUGGAGGCAAAGUUCAACCUGGAGAAACCAUCGAGGAAGCAGCUAGAAGGGAACUUCUGGAAGAAAGUGGCCUCACAGUGGACGUUCUGGACAAAAUUGGAAAUAUCAAAUUUGAAUUUGUUGGAGAAACAGAGAUUCUUGACGUCCACGUCUUCAGAGCUGACAGAUAUAAAGGUGAACCAACAGAAUCAGAGGAAAUGAGGCCUCAGUGGUUUGACUGUGACAAAAUCCCUUUCGGUCAGAUGUGGGCCGAUGAUGUCUUGUGGUUCCCUUUGUUGCUACAGAAGAAGAAAUUUGUGGGAUACUUCAAGUUCCAGGGUGAGGACGUGAUUCUCAGUCACAAACUGGAGGAGGUUCAGGAGCUUUGAUGUCAAACCUUGUAGUGUUUUAUGUGUGGGACCAUGAGGAGGAAAAUAAGGCGUUUAAAUUUUGACAAUUAUUACUGAAGGUAACUGAUGGUGUCCACUGUUCAUUUAGUGAAAGGAAUGAGAUGAUCAUUUUGAUAGGAAGAGGAAGCAUUUACUGUACACGCUUUUCAACUGUAACAAGUGGGAUUAAACAUUUUUUUCUGUAA